AUGGAUGUUUUUAGAGAAAUAAAAAGUCUGGAGUUGGUUGUAUGUUGUGUGUGUUUGCUGAGUUCUUGCUGUGGGGAGACUGACCCUGUUCGGCGACAGCAUCAACAACUGAAACAGCUUCUACUGUCCAAUUACUCUAAGACCGUGUCUCCUUACGGAGACACCACUCGUAUCAACGCUACAGCAUCCUUCACUCUCUCGGCCAUACUAGCUGUAGAAGAGACCAGUCAAAUAUUUCGUAUGAGCGGAGUUCUCGACCUGGCUUGGUCGGAUUCGUGGUUGACCUGGAACGACAGUAAUGAUGUUAUGAUGCUAACGUUUACGCAAGAGGAAAUAUGGACCCCCAACCUCAUUAUACCCAACGGUGUUGGAAAUAAAUUAGCAUCCAUCUUAUCCACCAGUAUGACUAUUGAUGUUACGUCCUCUGGUAAAGUGCUGAUGUUACUAAUUGGUGAGUUUGAGACAAUUUGUGAUAUUGAUGUGAAAUGGUAUCCCUACGAUGAACAAGUGUGUCACAUGUCAGUUUUAUGUUUGAAUGAAGCAAACUUGGAUCCGGGUGAUCAUGACUCCGGGACAAUCUUCUCUCAGUAUUUUACUGGCAGUAGUGAGUGGGAGCUGGUCAAUACGACUACCAACUUGAAAAACAUACACACAGAAUUAUACACUGUUUCAUAUGUUGACUUUGAGUUCCGACUCCGGCGACACAGCAUCUUCUACACCCUCAGCGUCAUCUUUCCAAUGUGUCUUCUCUCCUUCCUCAACGCCUGUGUAUUCCUGCUGCCCGCGGCCUCAGGGGAGAAGGUCUCCUUCCUUGUCUCCAUCUUCGUGUCCGAAGCAGUGUUCCUCAACUACGUCAAUGACGCUAUCCCCAAGUCCGGCAAUGCCUCUCGUCUCAUCAUCUAUCUGGUUCUGCUUCUGUCACAGAGCGCCCUGGCUCUGCUCGCCACUCUCCUGGUCAUGAACACUCACCAUCGCAAGGGGCCGCUGCUUUAUUUAUUGCGUAAGAUCAAGGUCAGCCCAGCAACUGCAGGGACAGAGGCGACUGGUUUCCAGGAAGAUGAACUCGUAGACAAACUGGACAAUAUCUUCUUCGUUGUAUUUGUGGCGAUAGCUAUUGCCUCCCUGCUUUUGUGUUAUGUUUGA